UAUGUUUGUUAACUUUUGUUACUUCCUAGAGUUGUAAAUUUUCGUUUAAUUGUUAUUUCAAAACAUUUUCACUGCAACAAUGAGCAAAGUGGUGCUGGUUACCGGUGGAACCGGUCUCAUAGGAAAGGCUAUCGAAACGGUGAUCAAGGAAGAAAAUCCGGCCGAUGAGCGAUGGAUAUUCGUCGGAUCAAAGGAUGCCGAUCUAACCGAUGUAGCUGCAACAAGGACAAUGUUUGUCAAGCAUCAACCAACGCACGUGGUCCAUCUCGCAGCGAUGGUCGGUGGACUGUUCCAUAACAUGAGCAACAAUUUGGAUUUCUUCCGCAAAAACAUGCUUAUCAACGAUAACAUUCUUCUGCUCAGCCAUGAGCUUAAGGUGAAGAAGGUGGUGUCGUGUCUAUCGACAUGUAUCUUUCCCGAUAAAACGUCUUAUCCCAUUGAUGAAACUAUGAUUCAUAAUGGUCCUCCACACGAUUCGAAUUUUGGGUACAGUCACGCCAAGCGUAUGAUCGACAUACUGAAUCGUGCCUACAAUCAACAGUAUGGCGACAUGUUCACCUCCGUAGUGCCUUGCAACGUGUUUGGACCGCACGAUAACUUUGUGUCGGGUGUAAGCCACGUCAUACCGGGCAUGAUACAUCGUUUGCACGAGCUUAUGUUUGUUAAAGACACCGACCAACCACAAGAAAGCAAAGCAUUCUCCGUGUACGGUACGGGAAGGCCACUCCGACAGUUCAUCUACUCGCUGGAUCUGGCCAAACUCUUCAUCUGGGUGUUGCGUGAGUACGACAGUGUUGAACCCAUCAUCCUAUCGGUCGACGAAUCGGCUGAAGUUUCGAUCGCUCAGGUGGCGGAAUCCCUAGCGAAAGCAUUCGAAUUUAAGGGGAAACUCGAGUUCGACACUACCAAAGCGGAUGGCCAGUACAAGAAGACGGCUUCGAAUGCGAAGCUAAGGAAGCAUCUACCGGACUUUCAAUUUACCGACUUUGAUGUUGCGAUUAAGGAAACCGUACAGUGGUACAUUGCGAACUACGAGCAAGCAAGGAAAUGAAUAAA